UCUGUGGAUAGAUGUAGCCUCAGAAAUGUGGACUGAUUUAAGAGAAAGGUUUGGACAAGGUGAUGCAUAUAGGGUUUCAGACUUAUAUGAAGAAAUUUACACUUUGAAACAAGGAAUGGAGUCUGUUAUUGAUUUUCAUAUGCGACUUAAGACAUUGUGGGAUGAGCUAGCAGUUCUUAGGCCUAUUCCCUAUUGUAACUGUGAUCCUAAAUGUGCCUGUGCAAGGAAAUUUGCUGAAAUAAGAACAUACUUUGAAAAUGAUUUUGUGGCCAGAUUCCUGAAAGGGUUGAAUGAAGAAUAUGGAAAUAUUAGGUCACAGAUAAUGUCUCUUGACCCUAUUCCUUCAAUGAAUAUAACUUUUGGAAAGGUUGCUAGAUAUGAAAGACAAAAUGCAGGAGUGUUGGAAACACAUUCAUCUAUUGAUAGCUCUCAAGAAGGUUAUGUGAGUGCCAUAAAUGCUGGAAAAAGAAAUUUCAGUGAAAAACCAUCUAAGUGCACCUUUUGUGGAAAAUUGUAUCAUACUGAGGCCAAAUGCUACAAGAAGCAUGGAUUCCCACCAAAUUUUAAAACAAAAGGGAAAGAGCAUUUUCAAAUGGCAAACCAAGUUCAAUCUGAAGAAACUACUAAAGGACUGACACAUGGACUUUCAGCUGAGCAGUUUCAACAGUUGUUACAAUUUGUCAAGAAAGACUUGCAAGAUGCUUCAGCAAAUAAGCAUGGGAGAGUUGCAGCAAUUACAUCACAAACCUUGUCAGCAAAUUUUCAGGAACAUGAACAGACUGCAAAUGAUGAGUUAACAGGAGAUGCUUGGGUUGAAGAUGAUUGGUUUGGCUGAAGAGAAGAACGGACUAUACUAUAUCAGUAAAGGCCCCAUAAGUGGUGAUAAAACAGUGUGUGCUACUGCAAGUGAUGGAUCUAAUUCUUGUUUUGACAUUUGGCAUUAUAGGUUUGGGCAUAUUUCUUGUAAUAAAAUGCAGAUACUGCAGAAACUACAUAAGCAGAUUGAAUGUAAUAAAAACCUUGUGUGUGAUACAUGUCAUUUUGCCA